AUGAAGGUUUAAUUAUUCCUUUUAAAAGUUCUUUCUCCGGGAGGAAAUGCAUUCUCAAACUAAUAUAGCUUGAUAAUGUGCAAACAAGUACUUUCCUUUUUUAGGAAAAGAAAUGAGUACCCAACUUCAAAUCUGUUGUUCUCAAAAAGAAAAGAGAAGAAAAUAAAAAGAACUUCAAAUCUGUUGUUGUAAAAAAAACAGAUCUGUUUGGCCAAUGCCCAUAGAUCCCCGUCUGUGUCUAAAAACUAUGACUAAAAAAUAUUAUUUGUUGAUUUAUCAUAAGAAAAAAUACUAUUAGCGGUAGAAAAAAUACUAGAAAAAAUACGGCUCACGAGCGAACGAGCUCCCCGUUGAAACUUUUUUUUUAGCAGCCUGUCCGUUGAAACUUCAACCACUCGUUUUUCUUUCCCCAAAACCCGCACCGGCACACCGCAUCCUUGACUGUCUGAACAGCGCCCUCGGCUGGAUCGGUCCUCGAUCCCGUGCCUCCCAUGGGCGCCUCCACUCCUCGCCACCAUUCCAGCUCCCCCUUCCAGCGAUCCCUCCUCUCCAGGCGGAUCAUCACGUUCGCGCUAUACGCCCUGGUCCCGCUCGCCCUCCUCCACUACCUCCUCUCCUUCCCUCCCUCUCCAGCCCCGACCACCUCCUCGCCGUCACCGCCGCGGGGGCCCAAAGUCGCUGCCGCUGCGGGCGCCGCCGGCGGAGCAGCAAGAAAGAUCCCGGCGCCAAGGUGCGACUACUCGGAUGGGGCGUGGGAGCGGAGCGAGGCGGGCCCGCUGUACAACGGCACGAGCUGCGGCGAGACGAUCAAGGCCGCCCAGAACUGCGAGGCGCACGGGCGGCCCGACACGGGGUACCUCCGCUGGCGGUGGCGGCCGCGCGGGUGCGCGCUCCCGCCGUUCGACCCGGCCGAGUUCCUGCGCCUCGUCCGCGGCCGCCACGUCGCCUUCGUGGGCGACUCGCUGGCGCGGAACCAGUGCGAGUCCCUCGUCUGCCUGCUCAGCUCCGCGUUCCCGGCCCAGCUGGUGCGCGGCGCCGGCGGUGGGGACGGGGACGGCGACGGCGACGAGCUCCGCAAGUUCCGGCGCUGGGCGUUCCCGUCGCACAACGCCACGGUGUCCGUGUUCUGGUCUCCGUUCCUGGUGAACGGCACGGAGAAGGCCAAGGGCGCAGCGGUGGGGAAAGGGCCUGACCACAACCGGCUGUACCUGGACCAGCCGAACGAGCGGUGGGCGGCGGAGGUCCCCGGCAUCGACGUGGUGGUUCUCUCCGCGGGGCACUGGUUCCUGCACUCGGCGCUCUUCUACGACCGCGGCGAGGUGGUCGGGUGCCACCACUGCCCGGAGCCCAACCGCACGGAGACGGGCUUCUUCGGCGCGUUCCGCCUCGCCGUCCGCGGCGCGCUCCGCGAGGUCGUCCUCCGCGGCGCCAGGGCGCAGCAGCGGGGGCCGAAGCUGGCCGUGGUGACGACCUUCUCGCCCGCGCACUUCGAGGGGGACUGGGACAGCCCCACGGCGUGCGCGCGCACGGAGCCGUACGCGCCCGGGGAGCGGGCGAUGGAGUACAUGGACGGCGAGAUGCUCCGCGCGGAGGCGGAGGAGGUUGCGGCGGCGGCGGCCGGCGCGCGGGCGCGCGGGGCCGGGGUGACGGUGGAGGCGCUGCAGGUGACGCGGAUGGCCGGGCUGCGCGCGGACGGGCACCCGGGCGCGUACAUGCACCCGUACCCGUUCGCCGGCGGCGCGAGGGAGCGGGUGCCCAACGACUGCGUGCACUGGUGCCUGCCGGGGCCCAUGGACACGUGGAACGAGAUCCUGCUGCAGGUCGUCAAGCGGUGGUCGGACGACGGGGUCGACGCCGGCGCCGACGCCUCGUCGUCGUCCACGUCGCCGUGAAAGAUGAAAGACACCACCACCACGGGAGGAGACUGAGAGGCCAGUCUGGAUUUUGGAGUUUGGUUGAAAUUAGUAUAGACUGUUCGAACUAGAAUGUUUACCUUAAAAAUUCUUUAGAGCGAUUCCUGGUGAAACGGCAUCGGUGAGAGGAGUUGAUGAGAUAGUGUUGUUGUAACAAAUGUUGUUGGAUCGUCUCGUAUUGAUGUUUCCCCUGCGCUUGUAGCGUUGCUCCUAGUACUGCUACUAGGAAUUACUGAGAAUCGAAUCCUAUAUAUACUGUACUCCGUAUUUAA